AUGAGUGAAACACCUUCAACUAGUUACUCGGUGAAUCAGCCAAACUCCUCUGAGAGUGAACAGAGUUUAUCCACGCGCCCUUUCAAUGUUACUGAACCUGUAGUGGCAAAACGGAUCUGUUUCUAUAAAAGUGGAGAUCCUCAGUUUAAUGGCAUUAAAAUGGUCAUUAAUAACCGGUCUUACAAAACAUUUGAUGCCUUGCUGGAUAGUUUAUCCAAACGGGUCCCAUUACCUUUUGGAGUAAGGAAUAUUAGUACACCGAAAGGGAGACACAACAUCACCAAUUUGGAGGAUCUUGAAGAUGGAAAAUCUUAUAUUUGCUCCCAUCAGAGGAAAAUGAAGCCCAUCAACCUGGAACAGGCUAGCAAAAAGCCUCUGCCCUGGCAGAUCAGUAGGCCUGUCAGUGCUCAUGGAUUUGGCCAUCGAGAAAGCAAAAUAACAACUCCUAAAAAGAUGCUUGUUUUCAAAAAUGGGGAUGUAAGGCUCAGGCGUACCAUAGUUCUGGGAAAGAAAAAUACACAAACCUUUGAGGCCUUUCUGGAUUAUAUGAGUGAGUUAAUGCAAUAUCCAGUCGUGAAACUAUAUACCACUGAUGGCAGAAAGGUUCCUAAUCUUCAGGCCCUGAUAUUGUGCUCUGGAGCUGUAGUCGCAGCAGGGAGAGAGCCUUUUAAACGAAGCAAUUAUGAUUCUCUUGGGUAUUCACGGCCUGCUAAAUUGCUUGGAAUUGCAAAUCGUGUGUACCCAAAAGCAAACGCCAAGUCAGAAAGUGAAAAUACGAGAGCUGAAAUGGGCUCAAGCUCAAGAUCUCAGAUAUUCUCAGUUUCUUCUGAUAAAGGGUCCAGCAAUGACAACAACUCAAAUGAUAACAACUCAGAUUCUUCCUAUGUUCCUGACAGUCAUAAUGGUAUGGGAGGAAAUCAGUCAGUUACUGGUGAACACUUAUCUGUGGCACAGUAUGAAGAUGACAUUGAGAAAUCGGUUCACCUUAAUCAAGAUGGCAGUAUCACAGUGGAAAUGAAAGUUCGAUUCAAAAUUAAAGAGGAAGAAACCAUUAAAUGGACAACCACUGUUAGUCGUGCUGGCCUUUCUGAUGACAAAAACACCACCAUCUGCCAUUCUGCAAUGUGUGUGGAAGACUGCUUAUCCAAUACAAAUGUAUCAGAACAUAUAAAACCAAAAGAUGCUCCAUUUUUGAAGAGCUACAGUAAAGAAGAGGGAUACUCAUUACAACAAUUUGACACAGAAGUGUCAGGCAAAGAAUCAGAGUCUGAUUUAAAAACUGCUGGUUGUAAUACCUGUAAGAAGAACAGUUCUGCAGAUCUAGACGUAAGCAAUGUACCUGAGGAUAAUAUCAGGCCUCACUUUUAUAGGCCUCCCACCCCUGGGCCAAGGCGAGUUAGACAAAAGAAAGCAGUAGUUGAAAGUGUCACCUUGGUAUCUGAGAAAGAGGUUCAGGAGAAGACAAUAGGACAGUUUUCCUACAGUGAAGAAAUACAGAACGGAGAAAAUAAAUCUGAAUAUUGCAUGGUAGCUCAUUCAAGCAGGAAAAAAUCAAGUGUCAGUAAUCCAAAUUUUAGUGAGAUGAGUGGCAAUGAUUUAUUAAAGCUUUCUUCAGAGAAUGUAAAAGAAGAAAUGCUUUAUAAAGUAAGCCACAAAAAUAGUAAUUUAAUAGAAACCACAAAUAGGAAGACAUUAGAAGUGCCUGACGAGGAUGAAUUGGUACAGAAUAUAUUAGAGAAAUCAGUUGUGGAACAAGAGAAAGCCAUUACACCAGAGGCUCUAAACCAGGAGGAUUUUCAAGACAAGGGUGUUGGGCAUUCAGUUGAAAACUAUGUCCAAACUUGGCUGAAAAACUUGUUACCAAAUUCUGUCUUACCCCCUAUAAAUAAAAAGGAAGGGAAUGUAGAGAAUAGCAGUGUCUGUCAUUUUCCUAAAGAAAAUACUGAUCCUUCUAUAGAUAAAGAAACAAGAUUUAUCACAAAUAAAGUGCAUGUGACUGGAAAAAACCAUCUGGUUGAACAUAAUCUAGCAGAAAAAGCAUUAAAUCCUACUUGUGAAUUGGGAACUUUAGAAGAAUCAGCCAAGGAUUCGGGUGAAAAACAAACUGACUCUUUGAUUCAUGCUAAUACAACUAUAGUAGAAGCAGCCAAGUAUUCACUAAAGUCAGAAUUUCAUCAUGAUGGUAAGCUGCACUUGUUUCAUGAAACACAUGACAAUGGUAAAAAGAUGUCAGAAUCUGAUAUUCAAGAUACCAACCUACGUCAAAGAAAAAAGUCUGAAGUUGCUGUUCAAGUUGAUUGUGCAAUUGUCAAUGAGAAAAUGGGAAUUGGUGUUCAGAAUAAUUGCAUGUCGAGCAUGUUGCUGCAUGAACUACAAUCAGCUUUGCUUGGUCUCCAGAAAGAACAUAAUGGAUGUAUAGGAAAAGCUUGCAGCCUUUCAGAUCUUUCUUCUUCAGCUUUUGGUUCUUCCUCCAAUGCCCUCCUAGCUUGGCUACUUGUACUGAAUCUCAGAGACAGUUUGAUUGGGACAAUCAAAGAUGAUAUGCAAAAAACUACCUGUAGCUGUUCUGAAAUAUUUACACAGUUACAAUUUCUGAAACAAACUACAGUCAUAGAAAAAGUUGAUGAACUGAAGGCUGCCUUCUCACAUUUUCAACGAUCAACAGAAAAUAAGGUAUUGCACUUUGGGAGGGAACUCAAAAAACAGGACUCCAUGCAUUGCCAUGAAAAUAUGCCCAUAUCAGAAAUUCAUAAUGGUAUACCCUUGCAUGAAAAUGAAAAAUCAGUUGAGCCUUGUAUUCCAAAUGACAGUGUAAAUUCUGAAGAAGCUCUAAAAUUGACUGAUGAAUUAGAAAGCUGUUUUGGUACACAGAAGGGUCUUUGUAGAGAAAUAGAGACUUUAGACUUGAGUGCUCCCAAAGCACAGCUAGAUGGUCAAUAUGCCAAUACUAAUUCAAAUACCUGUAGCCUUGCAUCAGCUAUAGAGACACCUGAAAGAAAUGAAGAAAUGCCUGAUAACCUAUAUAAAAAAUCUCAAGAUAAAAUCACUGAUACAUCAUUCAUUAAUGAAGAGUCAGAAACUUCAGUAGAACCUAACUCAACAGUUCAUAGUGUAACUUCUAAUGAUAAAAAUUGUACUUUAGAUCAGGAUACUUCUGAGUUAGAAGGUGAAAAAGAUAUUACAUGUGUUACUAUUGAUAAAAGUGAAGAUGAGAAAGUUGAUCCAAAGUCAGCAGAUAGUGACAAAAAAACAAAUAAUCAACUUAAACUAGCUGCUGAAGCCUCUGUAGAAUAUAAUAAUGAGGAUUAUUCUGUACAGGAAGACAAGGAAGAUGCAGAAACUUGUGAGGAAACCUCUGAGAGGUUAUCUACAGUCUCUCCAUUAUCAUUUUGUUAUGAAUCAAAGCAAAUUACAGAAAGUGAUAUGAGUGAAGAAGAACAGAAAUUGCAAGUAGAAGAACUGGAGAAUAAAAUGUGUUCAGACACUUCUCAAUUAAAAAAAUGCUUAAAAAGUCCUGCUACUUCAGACUGGUCAGAUUACAGACCAGAUACUGAAGAGAGUGAUUAUAACUUUAGAGCAUCCAGUGAUUUGACCAAUGAAAGCGGGGAGGAAGCAGUGCUUGAAAAACAUUAUAAUACUGGCUAUGUAAAACGAACUAUUGAACAACUUUAUGGCAAGACAGAAGCUUCAUUUAAGCCUGAUUUUCACAAAGGAUUUCCUUAUAUGUCAAAAGUAUUUCAAGAAGAAGAAUUCCACUCUGCAGUGGUGGAAAAAAACAUUUAUUUUUCUCAAGAACCCAGGUCUUGUUCUGCAGAGAAAUUGUCACAUUCUUCACUACCAUCACAAGAAUUUCCAGUAAACAUAAACAAAGAUGACACUAUAUUGAGAAGAGAAAAUACUUCUCUACCAACACUACAACCUACUCUUAACAGAGAAGAGACAAGUUAUACUAAUGACCGUUCAGGGGAAUCUUCAAAGCAACAUUAUCAACCUAGCAUACAAGAUAAUGCAGAUGAAGGAAUAUUGAUAGAUAAAGGCAAAUGGCUUCUAAAAGAAAAUCAUUUGAUAAGAAGAUCACCACCUGAACGGAUUGGAAUGUAUGAUAAUUUGGAUACAACAUCAACAGACACAGUCCUUGAUACUAACAGUGAUGAUGUUCCAUACUCGCACUUUGGCAAUCUGAAUCAGUACCCAGUCCUCAAUGAAAUCUCUUCUUCAGAACUUGAAGACAUAGCUAAACCCUCUGACAAUUUUUGCAACUACUUCAAUAUGCCUCAUAAUAGUGAUUCAGACCCCUUUCAGGAUGACUUAAGUAACCACAAUGGUAAGAGCACUUCCUCUCCUGCAGCAAACAAAGAAAAGAUCCCACCAUCAGUCAUGGUACGUUCUACUUCCACACAUCUUUCUACACAGGCUGAUAACAAUUGUCCAGCCUUUACAUCUGUAGAAUUUAGAUUACCUGAUAACAAGGUGCACCCAUUGGAACAGCCUUUAAAUGAUGAACCUAUACAGUCUCAGCCAACUGAUGUUAGUAAUGCCAACAGAAGUGCUCUUCAGGAAGAAGAUUCUCUGGAUAAACUCCAUGCUAUAUGUGGCCAACAUUGUCCAAUACUGAUGGUGACAGUAACACCAAUUAAUGAGGAACAGAGAGGAUAUGCCUACCAAAAGGCAUCUGACAUUGAGAACCAGCUGGGCCCACGUUUGUUGGCCAAAAAGAGUGAACAUUUACAAUGGUCAGGUGAAGAUUUAAUAACAGACAAAAAUAAUCAUGUGACUCUGAAGAAUAACUGUAUCAGUAAGAUUGCCAAUAAUAUUUUUAAUAGGUUUUAUGCUAAUAACACCUUAGAUUUUAUUAGUAACUUUGGAAUACUUGCAUCUUCAACUCUGAAAGACAAAAACAGUUUAGGGAAGUUACAUGUUACAGAGGAUAUGAAUGUAAAACCCGUGGAAAUCAGCAACUGUCAAAAUAAUGUAUCCAAACACAUACCCAAUGUCCUUGUGAUAGGCACAAAUGCUAGGAAAUGGAAGGUGUCAGUCCUCACCAGUGAUAUGCCAUCUGCAGGAACAAGCUCAAAGGUUUAUAUUACAUUGUAUGGGCAUCACAGCAGUUCGGGGCCUAUUUUUCUUGAUGGAGAGGAGGGAAAAUUAUUUCAGAGAGGCAAUGAAGACAUCUUCACAGUUAAUACUGGAAACAUAGGACAUCUCUACAAAAUACGCAUAGGACAUACGAAUUCAGGAAACUCCCCUGCCUGGCACUGUGCAGAGGUGCAGUUGCUGAACCUUUUCUCAGGAGAGCUGUUUUCUUUCCCUGCACAUCGAUGGCUGGCCUGGGACCAGGCUGAUGGGGAAAUAUGUAUGGAGCUUCCUGUUUUACGGCACGGUCAGCCUAUUCUUCCAGUGACUGUCUAUGAAGUGCAUGUGACAACAGGAGAACUGUGGAAUGCUGGAACUGAGGCUGAUGUCUAUAUUUCUGUCUAUGGAGAAAGAGGUGAUACAGGAUCAAGACAGCUGCUCAGGUCACAGAAACCCAAGAAAUUUUUGAAAGGACAAACUGACAUCUUUGCUGUUGAAGCUGUGCACCUUGGAGUUUUGUACAAGAUUGUUAUAGGACACAAUGGUCUUGGAUCAGGAAACGGCUGGUUUCUGGACAAAGUUGUAAUCAAGGAUCCUAUAACAGAUUUGGAUUAUACUUUUCUUUGCCACAGGUGGCUGGACCAGGGGCAGGAUGAUGGCAAGAUUGCUAGAGAACUGACUGUGACAGAUGCCAGCUCGUUCCCAGGAAGUCUUUUUGAUGUAAAUGUCAAAGGGAGAAAUAUAUGUGUGUUCAGCAGUCAUCAGAUGCCACGUCUUGCUCUUGCUCUUGUUAAUGGACACGUAAUUGGAAAGAGUAAAGACAAGACUUGCUGUGAGCUCUGUGUUCACCUUCAACCAAAUGGUUGUGCCAUUCUUGCGUCAGCCAGGAGCCCAGGUCACACCGUUACGUUCAAUCUUCAAGGCAAAACAGCUGAUGAAGCAACAGGAUACGCUGGACUUUCCACAGAAUUUGUUGUGCAUGUCAAGGGUGUGUUUCACCAUGGUGCCAUCAUUCUGCUCAACACAAGUCUCUGCCAGGCUCUGUCCCUUCGACCUGAUGGGAGCUGCAGUGGAGCAGUUGGCCGGGAAGGGCCUAUGGGAACAUCUGCAGCACUCGGUCAGGAGAAGAAAGACUUCAGAGAAUCUCAGCUCCAACAAGCAAAAGCCCAGAAGCCAGUACCUCAAAGCCUUUCAACUUUUCCACCCUCAAAGGAAAUGAGAAAUCCCCAAGGUGGUGAGUGUCCCCUUCCUUCAGAUGAUGAAUGGAAAGUGUCAAUGCUGACAGGAAAUGCAGGAACUGAAGCAAAUGUCAUUCUCUGGAUAUAUGGAGACAGAGGAGCAGCUGGACCAAUAACUCUUGGCAAGGACAACAGAAAGCAGCUGUUUCUUCCCAGGCAGGAGGAUGAGUUUCAGGUUAAAAUAAAAAACAUUGGGAAUAUCUACAAAAUAAGAAUUGAACUCGAUGAAUUACUGAAUGAGCAAUCAGAGUGGAACUUACAAAGGCCUUCAAUAAAUCUUAAAAAGCCUGAUUUAGACAACCAGAAUUACACAGUAAUAACAGAUUUUGACAUUAACCCAAAGGCGCUAACUGUAACUGUACCAAAACUGAAUGUGACACUGCAACAUCUAAAGAGCAAGAAAACACUGAAUUUUCCACCAAACACAUGGAUGUCAAAGAAUCGUGAUGAUAGAGAUUUUCUCUGUGAACUGCCAGUAGUGGAAGCUGGAAAACCUAUCUAUCCAAUUGUUUUAUACCAUGUUUAUGUCUACACUGGUGACAUGGAGCAAGCUGACACAGAUUCUGCAGUUUAUCUGUGUAUCUAUGGAAAAAGAGGAGAUUCUGGUCUGAGACUUCUGCAUAAAUCUGGUAUACCAGUGACAUUUCAGAGAGGAAUGGUCAAUGCUUUUGAAGUGGAAGCUGUGUCUCUUGGAAAACUGCAGAAGGUGCUGUUGCGCUGUGAGGCUAAUGCCAAGUCCCAGUACUGGUACUGUGAUAAAAUCAUUGUCAGAGAAGCUGAGAACAACUUGGAAUAUGUUUUCAGUUGUGAAAGGUGGCUUCCAUUUAUGUCCCAAGGCAUAAUUCAUUCAGAAAUUGAGCUGUACCCUCAAGAAGGAGACUGGAAGAUUACUGUAGUCACUGGGGAUUUUGCAACAGCUGGCACAACAGCAACAGUAUCCCUUUACGCUUAUGGAGAAAACAAAGCUUCUGGCCCUAUUAUUUUGGGAUCUGGGAAACACCAGCUGUUUAAUCCCAACAGUGAAGAUACAUUUAAGAUUAAUCUCAGAGAUCUUGGGCAGCUAUAUAAAAUCCGCAUUGGCCAUGACAACACUGGAAAUGAUCCCAGUUGGUACCUGGAGGAAGUCAGACUUGAAAGAGUAGUCCCUCUUUCUGAUGAAGAGAUUUGUCUCCCCAUAGAGUGCUGGCUUGCAGAAGACAAGGGUGAGGGUGAUACGUGGAGAGAAGUGGCAAUAAGAAACCCUGCAAAGGAGCUUUUGCCAUUGUUGGUGUAUGAGGUCCAUGUAUACACUGGCGCUAAACUUGGUGCUGAAACAGAUUCUAAUGUUUAUAUCAACCUCAUUGGGACAAGAGGAGAUGCUGGCAAAAGGAAGCUCCAUAGAUCUAAGAAUAAUAAUGUAAAAUUUCAACAUGGACAGAUGGAUAUUUUCUGCAUAAAGGCUGUCUCACUGGGAGACUUGGAGAAAGUUCUGAUUAGCCAUGAUGGAGCCGGUCCAGGCAAAGGAUGGUUCCUGGAUAAGAUUGUCAUCAAACAUAAAGAAGGAAAGGAAGCUCAGGAGGUUGUAUUUCCUUGUAACAGAUGGUUAGAUGAAUAUCAAGAUGAUGGGAAAACUGAGAGGGAGCUAACUGCCAAUAAUCUUGCAUGUGAAAAGAUUGAGCUUUAUAGGAGGGUAACAAUCAGAAGAGGUUUGGAAAGGGGUCUUGUACUCAGUUCUGUGUCAAUCCAUCAUGACAUAGUACCAGGAUUAGAGCUGAUAAGAGAAAAUUCCAGAUGCAGAGUCUUGGAAGAAAAAGUUGAGACUGGAGAUCUGGGAGAUGUAUACAAGAUUCGGGUCAGCUGUGAUGAUGUGCCAGGCUUUGAUGGUUGGCAUUUGAAGUCUUUUCAUUUAGAAGAGCUACGUACAAAACAAGAACUGAACUUUGACUGUAAGUGCUGGCUCUCUCUUAACAGAGAAGACAAGGAGCUGGUGAAAGAAUUCCCUGCAGUCAAUGAGGACCAGAAAACUUUACCAGUCUAUAAGUAUGUUGUCUCAGUACAUAUUGGGGACCGCUGGGGAGCAGAAACUUUUGCAAAUGUUUAUAUCACUCUCUAUGGCAAAAGAGGGGACACAGGUGUGAGGAAACUUCAUACAUCUUUAGCAAAAGGAAGAAAAUUUCAAAGGAAUAAGGUGGAUUCAUUUUUGGUGGAAGCUGUUUCUCUGAGUCAUUUGCAAAAAGUGGUCAUAGGACAUGAUGGAGAAGGCUAUGGAGCUGGGAUGUACCUCAAGAUGGUAACAGUCAAGGAAUCACAAGACUCGGACAAAGAAUGGGUCUUCCCAUGGUGGAACUGGCUUGAUACUCAUCUGGGGUUAUGUGAGACCAUUUGUGAGAUUGUGACAGUUGGUAGAAGAUUGAUUUGUAGUCCUAAACUGCCUGAAAUCAACAUGAAGUCAUCAGGUCUCUGGAUAAUAGACAUCACUGGAUCUGACCUGAGCAAUGAAGAGGAUCCAAUAUGCCUUUCUUUUAUCUUCUACGGCAACCUGAGUCACAAAAAGUUGCCACUUCAAGUUACAGGAAAAGAAACUCAGAUCAAAGAUGAACUGGCAAAUAUUGGCUCAAUAUACAAGGUUCAGGUAACUGGCCCACAUAGCGAGCUAAAAAAGCCAUGGCACUUAGAUUUACUGCAUAUGAAGCACACAGGCACAAAGGAAGAGAUGUAUUUAGCUUUUGACUGCUGGUUCAACCCUAAUGAAGACAAAUGUGUGGAACUGCCAGCUCUCUAUGCAGAUCAGGAGCCUUUGCCUGUUGUGGAAUAUGCAAUCCAUUUGCACACGGGAGACUUGAAGAAAGCAGAUGCCACUGGUGAGGCCUAUCUUUGUAUACAAGGAGAAAAGAGUCACUCGGGGAAACGAUGGCUUAACUCGAGAAACAGCCUGAUCACUUUUGCUAGAGGGCAGGUGGAUGUUUUCAAAAUCAAAGCAGUAUACCUUGGCAAGUUGAACCAAGUUCUUGUUGGAUUUAAGAGUCUAAAAAAAGAUGAGUGGUUCUUGGAAAAAAUUGUUAUAAAAGAAGUCCUCUACCCUUUUUCUGCACAUAUUUUUGUUCACAAUGACUGGAUCAAUAAAUGCUCCGAGAAAGAUUUUGUAGAAGUGGCAAUUCCGCUCAAAGAAACAUCUGUGACAUCUCUUCUUCCAAAAAAUUUUGAUACUAAAAGCAGAGGACGAUGGCAAACAUGGGUGCACUGUACACAAGUACCAGAAGAUGUUCCUGAUAUUCAAGUUGUUGUAUUUGGAAGAAAAGGGAAAUCCCCUGCACAGAAAGUUCAGAAUCUGAAUGAUAAUCCAUUUUUGUUGACUGUUGGUAAUAUUGGAGAUAUAACAAAAGUUUCCUUUGUGUUGUCUGGUCCAUGCUUGGGAAGAGGAAUUAAACUUCAUAAGCUUCGGCUAAAAGACCUGGACACUAAACAAGAGCUGGGUUUUCACACUGAAGCUCAAAGUCUGUUUGGAGAAGACGGAUCUGAGACUGUGACAGAGCUAGCAGUGGUCAGGCCAGACAAGCCACCAGUCAGGGGAGUUCUUUACUCGAUCAGUGUUCAUACGGGCACAUUGCCUGCAUCAGGGACUGAUGCAGAUGUAUUUAUCACGCUAUUUGGAGAGCAGGGAGAUUCCUGCAAAAGGAGACUAAGACACUCACAUUUUGAAAGAGGACAG